AUGGCAGGUUUCCUUCGCAAAAAGAACGCAAAGCCCCAACAGCAGGCUCAGGCUCAGGCUCAGCCUACGCAGCAACAGCAGCGCCAACAUUUCCAACCAGAACCGGCGGCGGCACCACCGCAAUCCCUGCCUCCGUUGUAUGCCAGAUUCGCGACGUCGAGUAAGAGUUCGUCGGCGAAUGCAGGAACGGGUACGCCCCCCAAAAUUGUGUCAGGUCCAAUGGCUCUGGGAAGCAACGCAGCCAGAGGCUUGCAGGCCCGGAACGACGUAAACGAACCACGGAAAUCCGCACCCAGAGAGUCCUGGUACAGACCUGCACCACCUCCGGACCCCUUGCCUCCACCACGCCUUCAGGUACAGCGGACAAGCUCGCCGAAGCGCCACGCCUCCCCGAAUCACCGUUCCUCAACCCACGCGAAACCUAAUGACCACCAUGUACCAUCACCCAUGAUUCCAGACGAAAAGCCUCUACCGAUUCCUGUACUACCAUCGACGACCAGGCAAGCCUAUAAUAAUGUACCACCACCAGCAAGCUCACGACGAGAAAGUGUAAUGACGUCGCCCAGUCGGCCUUCUGCGCGAUUACCUGCAGGAUCAGGCACUGUGCCCCAAGAUCCUCAAUCUCAGCCCCCGUAUGCCAAUACACUAUUAAACUCGAGCAACCACGAUCUACCUUCGACUCGGAGGUCGAUUCUCCGAAACGCUAACCCACCACCUGCCCGCGACGAGAUGGCAGGCCGUUUAGAGGGGAAUCGCACUGAGGGGAUCAGGCGUACCCCCUCAGCAACACCUCCGAACCAAUUUCGAAAUGCGUUGCCCCCAAACGCUUUCCAUAACGUUUCAUCAAGGGCCCCCGUGGCCGUCGUAUCUAAUCCCUCGACAGUACCUCUAUCGCAUCGGACAUCGAUGCAGGCCGAAUUGGUAUUACGAGGGGAUCGCAUUCUCGCACAGACGCCUGCAAUCCCUCGUUUGCCAACCGAAGAUGACGCCCGAAUAACCUCUUCGAUGCCGAAAUCGCUCGCAGCAGAAGCCAACCCAAGGCCGAAGAAGCCCGUACCCAUCAAUGGAUCUUCACAUUCUGUAUUGCAGAAGAAUGCAGCUCCUCAAGGAAGGUCUGGAAUGACACGCGGCAGCUCUCCGUCACUUCAGCAGCCACAACAACAGGCACCAUAUCAACCGCGUUCAUCAUAUAUUCCAAGCAGCCCACAACCGACGUCGUUUUCACCACCUGUCUCUCCGAAACUUGACGCGCAGCCUGCGAUGCAAGGAAAGCCGCUCAUCUUCUCCGCGAUGCACGCUGUACAUGACGUGCCUCAGGGGAAUCGCAUCUCUGACGAUAUGGGACUUGGGAGGGCAAGUCCGCCGAAGAUGGCUCACAACGCAGCGUUCGCCUACCCUUCUCCUCCCAUGGAAUUCAGCCCCUCGCCAUUGGACAGGCCGCUCCCCCUCCCUUCACAGAAUCUUCUCGCUAAUCUACGAACAGAAAGUCCGCUCGUCCGACCUCAACCGCUAUAUGAGACUCAAACACCUCCUCCAACGCCCCCAAAAGAACACCAACCUCCCCAGCGCGCUCCAGGAACGUCGCCGCAAGUUCUUGAGAACCAACUUCCAACCGGGAAGGUACUCAAUCGUCGAGAUUCUCCCGACAGACAAAUCAACCACUACGAAGCAUCUCCCUCAGCCUCUCGUUCGGGCAGCCCUCUCAACCACCGUACCUCCCUCCACCACCGCAAGCUAUCCAAGUCCUCCUUAGCUACUCGCUCUCAAGUCAACUCCCAAGCUAGCUCCAACGGCUCCUUAGUGAACGUAGCAUCGGGAGCGAAAGGAGGAUCACAUCCUGGGCACACGAGGUCGCGUUCCGGGACCGUCUCUUCUCGCCUGAUUCCACCAGCUGAUCCAAAUAGAGACAGCGAGACAGAUAGCAUGCUGCUCGACGACGAUCCCUUCGCGCGAGUAGAAGGUGUGAAGCUCUUACCUGCAUCCAAUGAGUCUACUAGCAAGCAUCGCCGAACCCCUUCAACCCCUGACUCCGUCUCAUCCUUGGCAAAAGAGAAACGAACACGGACGACGUCAAAGCCUUCUUCUGUGGAAGGCGUGUCGCUAGAUGAACAUCCUAUCGGGAAGCCUGACUCUUCGCCAGUCAAGCCGGGAGACUAUCGGGAAGCUAGAACCAUGCGAAGAGGUGAAGGGCUGGAGAAGCCCCCUGCCUUCAUGGCGGACAUGCCCAUCCGGAAAGACCGAACUCCCAUCCCAUUCCCUUUAGAAGUCUUCCUCGCUGAUCCAACCCUGCUCUCCGGAUUACUGGCAUACUUGACCUUCUCUGAAUGGUGCAGAUUGUCGACGAUGAAUAAGCAGAUACGCGCUCUGCUCACCGAAGCUCCUGGGUCGAAGGAAAUCAUCCUUGAAAGAUACUUGUCGACGGUAGGAUACGCACGCUGGAUAUACGAUGGUGCUGAUCCUUUGCCACUAUCAAUAAGGGACCUGAAUGAUUACAUGCGCGGUGUGUCGACCCCCACGCAUGAGUACUCCCGCGUUGCUGGACUCUACAUCCAGUCCCGUGCGAAUCGGGGUAUCCCGGGGUACGAUGCCAUUCAAGAGACGGCUCGAUCGCUGUCCGCUUGCACUCGAGCGUAUUCUCGAGUAGUUCUCCGCCUUCGGGCGCAGGCAGAAGCCCAAUAUGUUCUUCAAUCUGCCCAGCAGCCCCGAGCGCCUCCCCCGGCGAUAUUCAACUACAACGGCGUCGGAUCGUGUGGACGUUCGAUGUCAAGUCGUGCGCCGUCCCCUUCAUCGAUGUCCCACUCGCAUGCACAUUCCUCGGUGAUGGGCCACCAAGCAACGCAUGGUUCGUCGCCAGGAACAUCGACCUUCCGCUCGCCCUUGUAUCGUCUACGUCGUGCGCCACUACUCCGCGUCUUUGUCCCUUCCCAGGAAGAGUGGCUGUCCGAUGCUGGUGUGGUAGACUGCGAGAAUGAACUGAGACGUGCUGGGAUCGUUGAUCUCAUGCGACUUGGGGAUGUUGUAUGGGACGUGGCCGUAGGCGAUGAAGGUAAUGUGGGCAGAUUGGUAUGGGAUGGAAGCUAUCUGCUGGACCUGGAUUAUGCAUACUCCUCUGUGGGCGAUUUGCCAAAAUACAUUCGCAGUCUCGCUUUCCCUCCUUCGUAUUUUCAUCGAGUCAUCCGCACGGGCUCGUCAUCCAGUAACCCCAUCGCCCAUAUUGAUGUCAGCCCAUGGGGGGAAGAAAUCGCUGCAAACCUCCAAUUGCUUCAAGACAGAGUUCGGACAGAGACACCUCAAGGAGCGUAUCACAAUGUCGUUCGUUGGGUGCAUCGCUCCUCCUUCACCAUCCGCCCAGGCCGAGGGCGAACACCGAAUUCUCGACCCUCGUCGCGACCGUCAUCCCGGGCGGGGUCGCGCCCGACUCCCAACUCGAUUAUGCAAAUAGGGAACUCGUCGCGCAUCCAUAUUCCGGAUACAGACGGGCUGUGUGUCGAUCCUGGCUGGUAUGGCACGGUAAUCGUCGAGACGGAGGGUACCAACGAAGCACUUGCGGACCUUCAAGACCGGUGUGGACCGGGUGCCUUCCCUCCGCGAGCGACGCCCACACAUGAGAGGUUCACACCUACGAAGGACAAGGAAGCGAAGAGAAUAUUCCGAAUACUUAGAGAACGAAGUCGCCCUGGAGAAAUAUGGAUCAGGGCGGUCAGCGCUAAAGAACGAUUGUUGUAA